GAGGAUUCUGAGGCUCAACUCACACUUCCCUCCAACAAUAUGAGAUUCACAGCUCUCCUCUACCUGACAGCUGUGAUUGGGUCCCUGGCCAGUGCCCAAAAUGACCCCUUUGGUUUCGCAAAUGGCAUGAAAAACUUAGGAUCUUUGUUUCAAAGUCCUCCUUCAGUCAAAAUGGAAAUGCCAAAACUCAAAGACCCGGUGACAGCAACAAAAGACCUAAUCAAGAUGUUUUCGGGGAUGCCAGAAAUGAAUCCAAUAAAAGAUGCCUCCACUGGUGUGACAAAUGCCGUAAACACUCUGCAAUCUUUGUUCCCUAAAAUGGAAGCAAUCAAAAUGCCAGAAAACCUUCCUUCGAUGGAAAUAACAAUGCCAAAAAUGGCAGACCCUGUAGCGGCUGUACAGGACCUAUUCAAGAAUCUCCCAACACCUAAAAUGGAAGCAAUCAAAAUGCCAGAAAACCUUCCUCCGAUGGAAAUAACAAUGCCAAAAAUGGCAGACCCUGUAGCGGCUGUACAGGACCUAUUCAAGAAUCUCCCAACACCUAAUAUGGAAGCAAUCAAAAUGCCAGAAAACGUUCCUCCGAUGGAAAUAACAAUGCCAAAAAUGGCAGACGGCUUAGCAGCAGCACAGGACAUGAUCAAGAACAUACCUGAAAUACAAGGAAUGAACCCACUAAAAAUGCUAAUAGACCAGGGUUUACUCAUACCAAAAGAAUUCAUAAAAGACACCAAAAAAAGAAUGACAGACGGAUUCGAUAGUGGGAAAAAGUUCAUAAAAGGUGGAUCUGACUUUCUAAAACUUUUGAAGUCCACCUUCAAGUUCUAAAACUUGGUUAUGAAAAACAGUAGGGUCUCUGAACCUAAACCCCUGCAUGCUUGCACUCCAGAGCAAUUAAAGAGAAUGUCUCCAUCUGCCAUGGGCUUAGUGUCUACGGGAUGGGCCCUUAUGAAGAGGGGGAGAAAAGUCUCAAAGUAUGGGCUGGCCUGGCCAGGUCCUGGGUCAGUCACAGACCACCUUGAGGACACAGAUUCUUCCAAGACUUUUAUUCAUACUGAGCCACAGUCACAUACAUGUUGAGCCUUUUCUGUGCCAGGUGAUGACCCAGUUUCCAUCUUACGUUCUCUUCUUCACAUAAGGCUCCUACUAACAUUUGCUUGCUUUCAAAAAUUAAAUCAAUCUCAAAAGAAGCAAAAUUUAUUAUUCUGAAAAUGCUCAAAGUCUGAGCCAUUACUAAUUAGUGGCUUUGUUGGUAUCCUUAUUAAAAACAUCUCCCCCGGCUUUCCAUUAAUACUUUCUACACUGGACAAGUAAAUAGUGAUGGCUACUUACAUCAAAUCACUGAAAGAGCGAGUCAUUGCAGUGACAACUGACACUUGACAUUAAAGAAAAUUAAUUGCUACAAUUAUGCAUGUGAUUAUCGAGCAUUUUUUAUUUCAUUCUACCAUGUUCCCAGACUACACUUUGCACAUUUUUGAGAAAUAGACGAUCUGCUAACCAUCUCCCAAGUCAGGCAAGUGGAAAUCAGCUCCUAAUAUCACAGAGUCAUUCAUUCUAGAUUUGUCUUUAUACUUCUCACACCUGAUUUUUCUCACAUCUUAUUCUCACCCCUCUAUUCUUGAGAGUGAAGGGCACUCAACUUAUACUGUUUUAAAUGAAUGAAUAAAUGUACCUUCCUUGUCAUUCCUCCUCCCCCUAUCAUACAUCCUCCACUGCUGAAAAUACAGCCAAGCAAACAAGAGAGAACAUCAGGAAAAGAUUCUUUCAUUGCAGGUUAUAGUCAACAUGGAUAAACAGAAGAGUUCAUGUGGAAUGUGUACCUCUUUGGGGUUGAUGUGCUCCUCAAAAGAUAUGCUGAAGUCUUGAUCCCUGACACUUUACAAAGAGAUCUCAUUUGUUAACUGAUUUAUUGCACAUGUCACUAGUCAAGACUGUGUACCCUUCAAAUGAGUAAGGGGGCCUCAUAGACAGUCAUUGUUCUUAUAAAAAGAGAAAAGUUAGUGCAGAGGCACACAAAGGGAAGAUGAUGUGAAGACAACUGAGGCAGGAAUUGAAGUGAUGAAUAUAUCAGACCGGGAAUGUCAUGGAUUGCCAGAAAAUUCCAAAAUUUGAAAGAGAAAGGGAAGAAUUAUCUCCCUAGAUGUUUAAUGGGACCAUAGUCCUGCUGACACCUUAAUUUUGACAUUCAAGCUUCCAGAACUAUGAAGCUAUUCAAUGAAUUUCUUUUGUCUAAUAUCAUUUGGUUUAUGUUACUUUAUUCUGACAGUCUAAGAAACUUUCGUACAUCAUUUAUUCCAAAUAAAUUCUCUCAUAGACUACAAGCUUUGCCCAAUGUUCUCAUGGAACAUGGAACAUUAGGAACAUGGACUCAGGAAUUCCAAACUACCACUAUUUUUCCUACAAUUUUAUUAUAAAAUAACUAACAUAGAAUGUUUAUAAAUCUAAAAUAUACUAUAAGAUGUUUGGAUACACAUAUAUUGCUAAGUGACUAUUAUGAUAAGAUCAAUUAACCUAUCUUUGACUUUAUAUAGCCACCAUUGCAUGUCUGCGUGGUAUGAAUACUCAAGUUCUGCUCCCUUCCAAAAAAUUCAAUGUAUGAUGUAGGACUGUGAACUAUAGUCACCAUGUGACACCCAGAACUUAAUGCUCUUAAAAGUGAAAGGUCACCAUCACCUACUUCCUCUACCUCCCAGCCCUUAGAAACUACCAUAUAUACUUCAUUUCUAUGAUUUUGUUAGGUGUGGAUGGUAUUUUUGGGUUUUUGUUCCUGUUUGUUGCUUUGACCACAACCCACAGUAUUCAAAGCUUACUCCUGGCUCUGUGCUCUAGGAUCAAUCCUUGCAUAUAUGGUGCCAGAGACAGAACAGGAUCAGCCAAAUGAAAGGCAAGAACAUAACCCACUGUACUAUCUCUCCACCCCAGAUGUUUUUUUUAUUUUAGUUUCAUUAUAAUUUUAUAGUGUAGUUCACAUUUGAUUACAUUUAAUAUUAAUAAUCCCACCACCAUUACUCCUUCCACCACUAUAUUUGGAUGUUUCAAUCCAGAACCCCAACCCCUGCCCCUAAGAAAAACCGAAUUAAUUUAUUUUGUAUUGUUUGUUAUAAAUAAACUGCUGAAAUUGCUCCCAAAAAAACCUUCCUUAGAGGAGAGUGCAUGAAGAUUGUUGUAUUUCACUUAGGGGCCAUUAAACC